AGUAUUUAUAAAAUUAGUAGGAAGGAUAUAAUAAGUAUACUUAUAGCUAAUAUUCAUUGUGAAAUCGACCACAAAUAAGUUAUGUUUUUCCCUGAGCACGUUAUCAUAAAAAUUAUAACAAUUAUUUCAUUCCCGAGUGUUGUUCUGAAUAGUAUUCAGUUUUAAUGCUUCUAUCUUAUAAAUUAUGAAUUUAUGUGGACGCUAAAAUAACCGAAAAAUGUGAAGUUGUAAGACGAAAUGAUUACUAAAUUUGUAUUCGUCUUGUUGUUUGUCUCAUCUUUUUGUAAUGAAAAAUGCUAGACACUUAGGCAAUUUUAGAGAUAAUGUAGAAGAUACAAUCGUGUUUUUCAGUUGAAAAAAGACUUUAUUUAGGAAGUGUGUAUCAAUACGAAUGUGUUACGAAUUCUAGUGGAACAAAAGAUGUUUUAACGUUAUCUCAAAGCCUCAACGGUAUUGAAUCUGCGAAAUGGCAAAUGGUAAUUUUUCGAUCAGUGGUUCAUGCAUACAAUACACUGAAACUGACACUGCCAAUAGUAUACGAGUUCGACAACAGAUCAACGUUGAUGUGCGAAGUUUUAGGUAAACAGUUGACAACCAUCAACAAUACUAAAUUAAUCGUCAAAGACAGAAAUUAUUGGAAUCGCAAACCGAUCGUCUCCAAUCACAUGUAUAAAGAUGGCAAUAGUAUGCUAUUCAACUGCAAACACGACAAGGAUCCGCUUCAUAACUCUCUGCAUUGGAUUAUAGUAAAUGAUAAAUACAUAACACAAAACGUAAUAAGUGACUAUUCUAAUUACAAGAACUACUCAAACGACAAGACGCUGACUUAUCAGAUCAACAUGACAAAAGACGACAACGGCAAUAGAUUGAUUUGCAUUUAUUUUCAAUGUGAGAUCUAUGAUAAGACUGCUGUGUGUAAGAGGUUCAUUUUAAAAGAUAUAAGACUGAUUAUGACCACAAAUGAGAAUAGUGAUGGAAACCCAAUUGGUAUGAUAUCAGGAGGAGUCGCCAUCAUGGCCGGUAUUAGUUUGGUUAUAGCGGCCCUAAUCUGGUAUCGAAUACGCAAGUAUAAAGUCAAAGACGAAGUGGAGUCAACAAUACAGUAUAUUGAAGUGGAUUUUAGUGAUAAUCUUUCAACACAAUCUAGGCCUCCAGUGAGGAACGAUGAGGUUUUGUACUCAAAAGUUACUGGCGUAAUAACUCCUGGCCAAGAUAAAUAUUAAAUAAAUUAUUAAAAUAAAGACAAUUGAAUAUCGCU